AUUUGUAUUUGUUUGAGACUUGAGAGUUGAGAUUGUGUAGUCUGGGGAUGCCCCCAACUCCCACUGUAUAUAAGGGCGGAACAGUCGCUUUUAUUUUAACCGGUGGUACAUACGAACACCGGAUUGUACGCACUAUUCGGUAUAAAAUAAUCAUAUAAAUGUGCUUUUGUGACUUGUGAGCUGCUUUUCGAUGGUGCGUCCUGUAUAGUUGAUUGUGCAUACUGCACAAGGAUGCCAGCCUUGUUGUCAAACUUUGCAAUAAUCCCAAAGCCUCCAAUCGAACAUGACAUUCCAGUAUUUUAUACGCAAUGAAAGAUGACAUCGUUGUUUAUAUUUCUGUCUGAUCUUUUGUACGAAAGAUUGCCGCUUGAGAUAUUGCUACGUAUUGCAUCAUUCGUUCCUUCAUGUAGCCGGUGCGCACGCACUAGCAUUGACUCUCUACCCGUAGCCGUAUGCGAGUGUUGCGGUGACCAUUUUUGCCGGGUGUGCGUGGACCUCUACUGCACCUGCUGCGUCUGCGAUGCUAUUGCUUUGGUAUCGCCACAAAUUGAAGGCAACUUGCCUGACUGGCAUGCUCAGAAAGAAUACAUUAAGUCUCUUUUCGAACCCAUAGAAAUCUCUGAUAGCCAGUCUCACAAUAUCACACAGGCAGCAAGGUGUUUAAAGGGUGAUGAAAGUCAAUCCGAAUCGAGCGUACAACACUCACCCGUAGUUGGAAACACUCGAAUGGGCGCAAAACACGUUCACAAAGAUAGGACUAAUCAGAACGGCAAGGUUGUUACUCCUACAUACAUUUCUGUCAGUUGUUCCGAGUUCCUCAAAUCGCCCGGCUGGCAUCUGUGUUUACGGUGCGGUGACGGAGUCUGUCCAGACUGCAACCAUUUUAAAUCGUAUCUUGCUGCUCUGUGCCCUAGUUGCUAUCAAGUGCUUGAGGCUGGUGGCCUGCUUUAGACUCUGGUCAGUUGUCUUCCUUCAGAUUGAGCUACUCGCCAUAUAGAGAGAGACGUACAAUUGUAUGGAUUAGAUUCAUAGCGGCAGUGUAAAAAGUAAGGGUAGAGGGUAGGUUGAGACUACUUCGAUUUACAAAUGGCAGGCAUACUCAUAAUUGUUUCUUUUGGAUAAAUUCUAUUCAUCGACACAGUCAUAAUUUGUAUUUGCGUAUAUAUAUAUAUAUAUGCGUGUGUGUGUAUGUAUGUAUGUAUGUAUGC